ACAUAUUGUCCUGAACGUCGCACUGGUUGCUGUCAGUCGGUGUGAGAUUUGGUACAGCUGUCACACUGCUGAUAGGGCUUCAAGCUAGCGGCUUGAAUCUCCUUUACAAGCAGUACAUAGAGUUCCCUGGUUGUAGGCAGGAUGGCCAGAGGGCAUCAGAAGCUUCAGUCCCAGCAGAAGAAUGCAAAGAAGCAGGCGGAGAUGAAGAAGGCCAAGGGACAUGACCAGAAGACAGCAGCCAAGGCAGCUCUGGUGUUCACCUGCCUGGUCUGCAAGUCCCAGAUGCCCGACCCCAAGACCUUCAAGCAGCACUUUGAGAGCAAGCACCCCAAGUGUCCGAUGCCCCCUGAGCUCGAGGAUGUGGAGGCAUAGAGCGCUGCAGUCACUGGACCCAAACACACGCACACGCAAACACUCAUACGCAUACGCACACACUCACACUCGCAAACAUUCUCUCAAUGAAAGCUGAACUACUCAAGGCCCUUCACAAACUUUGCACUUGUCUGAAUUUGAUAGGACUGGAUUGAUUACCGUUGUUGUUAUUAGAAUCAUGAGUUUGAGUACAGGUCUGCAAGCUGGUUUCAUGUUUUUGUUCUUUUUCAAUGUUUCUCUGAAUGCGAGUCACAUGGUUCAGGUCACUGAACGCCAUGGAACACCCCGGCAACAAGUGAUAAACAAAAACAAAUGAUUCAGUACUACUACUCCUAAUGCAGGUUCUGAAUGUCCUUCACAGUUUCACUCGCUUUCGCUGCCUUGAAAUAAAACUGUCUGUUGUUCUUUUGGGACAAACUCAAAUGGUAAUAAUAGAAAUAAUGAUAAAUAAUAGCGAUUUUAACUAAAUACUCAUUAAACACAAGCUACUGAUGUAAUUAUUACUUAAUUUAGACCUGAUAAUAGCACCCUAUUAACCUCAUGCUAAUCCCUAUGCCGAGUUUUCCAUUAUCUAUAAAAUGAAAAGAAGAAUGCAUAAUGACGACAUUUCUUCCAUCGCAUUUUCAGCGCUUUGUCGCAAAACAGCAAUUGUUAUAUAUUAUUCCAUCAAGUGUACAUCAACAUGGAUAUGGUGCUGCUUUUUAUUUCUUCCU